AAUCAAUUAUAAAUAAUAUUAACGGAAAAAUUACCAUUUUUGUUGAUGGGACGUUUGCCACUGUACCCCAACUGAAGAAUACUAAUAGUCAAUUGUGGACAAUUUUCAUUAGACACGAUAAUAGAGUAAUCAAAACAAUUAAUUCAUUAGUUUAUUCUUGUAGUAAUUAUAGUUCCUUUAAUCACAAUAAGCACUAUAUUCUAUAUAAAUAUAAUUGCUUUUAAAUUUUGUUCAGACAUUUCCAAUUGUGUAUGCCAUAAUGAAAGGACGCACUACACAAAAUUAUGUAGAUGUGUUAAGAAAAGUUACAAAUGUUCUGAAUAUUAUACCAGACACAGCAAUAUAUGACUUUGAAACAGCCGAACGAAAUGCUUUACAUAUAGUUUUUCCUAGCGCUAAAAUUACCGGCUGCUUCUUCCAUUACAGUCAGAUAAAAGCAAAUAACAAUACAUUUUGUUAGCAUAAAAUGCACGUAAUUUUAAUCGUGUUAAUUUCUCAUUACAGGCGUUAGUACAUAAUGCUGAAAAACAUGGGAUAUUAAAAAGUGACAAAGAAUUGGGUUGGGAUGCAACAAAAUUGUUGAUAUUUUUAGCAUAUUUGCCAAUCACGUUAAUAAAAGAAAGCUUCGAAUUAAUUUCUACAGUUAUAUUCAGUGAUUGCACGUAUUUGCAGUCAUUUUUCCAUUAUUAUAAAGAGACAUGGAUAAACGGCUUUAAGCCCGAUUCCUUCUGUGUUUUUCAACAUAUACACAGAACUAAUAAUGUCUCCGAAAGACACAACCGAGAACUUCGGCCAAGCCUGAAAAAGCACAAGACAGCUGUAAAGUUUUUAGGUAUGUAUUUUGUGAAUAUCCAAUUUUGCAAACAUUGUUUCCACACACACAAUCUUCUUACUAUUCUUAAAUGCAAUAUUAUUUGCAGUUUACCUUUCUGAGCAUCAAAAGCGUGUUCGGAGUUUCGCGAGGCAUCCGAAAUUUUGGGCACGAACUAAACGAAAUGCCCUGAAAGAAAAAGAGGACAAAAUAUUAACAAUUUUAAACGAAAUAGAAGAUAAUGAAAAGUUGGAUGUUCUAUUAAUUUUAUACAAAUUAUCAGAGUUAGUGGGAAAAUAAAAUUUAUAAGUAAAUUCAUAAACACAUUUUAAUACCCCUGUAACGUGCCGUAAACAAUAAGUACCUUCCCCACCGCGCACAUUUUUCCCGGCACCACUCCGUCCCGCACCUACAACCGAUUGGUAUAUAAGCCACUGAAAAAUCCACCGAGACACCAGAUCCCGACCAGCGAGUUGAGCAGGUCUGCCUACGGCAAUGACGAGCUGAGUCCGAGCCGCCUCCGAAACUCGUGUAUUGAACGAGAACCUAACCGCCUGCGAUCACGACGUGCGCUGAACGUCAACCUGAGAACCGCGAGCUGAGCGGGAGAUCCUCUCUGACCCGUGUCACGAGCUGAGUGACAAUCCUCUCCGUGGGCUAGAGCGAGCUGAGCAAAGCCUGUAAUCCUCGUCACGUGUUGAGCGGCUCGGAUACACAACACCCGACCUAACCGCGAACACGAGCUGUCACCGGCGAGAAGACCCCGCACCGCGCCGACACCGAACAUACCGCGCCUGCGCCGCACGCACCGAACCAGGGGAUCCAAACUCUCUGUAUUUUAGUUCACAACUUUGGGUCAUGAGCCAGGGCGCAGCACUGUAGUGGUAAAGUUAUUUUAACGGAAGUUUGAUUGUUCACAAUUUCCGUCACCGUUAAAAUACAGAGAUUUGGAUCGUUUGGAUCCUCUGGUCGCAGCUGGUCGCAGCUAGUCGCAGCCAGUCGUCGCAAACUGUUGUAAACAUGGACCUAAGAAUCUCUGGACCGAGCAUACGGCGAGGGGGCUGUUAAAUUCGCGGUAAGGGGAGGAUAGUACUGUCUCUUUCUACAAGAGGUCACCGUCGGGUAUUUCCGCCGUAUAUCCGAUGAUUCCCGAAAGACUAGACAAGUCUAUACUUGCUAACUUCUGAAGUCCAGAGAUUCUUAGGUCCAUGUUCCCGUCGAGAAAUUAUUAUGUAUAGACUAUACACAAACUUCGACUAUCUUCGGUCACAUUCGUCAUCAAGCCGAAUGUGACCUCUUGUAGAAAGAGAUACCAAGAGGACAGAAAAGGAGAGCACUCUCGCCCCCCUUACCGCAAAUUUAACAGCCCCCUUGCCCGUUCUCCCACUUCGUGCUCGGUCAAGAGAUUCUUAGGUCCAUGGUUGUAAACGAUAACCACAUGUUAUCCGCCAUAACUUUACCACUGCUGCGCCCUGGCUCAUGACCCGAAAUUGUGAACUAAAGGUGCGUUUUCGUUGCUGCUACCAGACUACAAGCGGUUGGCUCGCGUUUGAAGACAUGACGUCACAAAUAGUAACCAAGAAUAAAAACGUUUCGGGCAGACAGUGCGCAAAGGCGUUAGCGCGGUAGCAGUUUUGUUGCUACAUGUGUCAUGACGGAUCCAAAUGGAGAGGUUAUCUGUAAUGUUAUUUUAUAUGAUGGAAGUGAUUGAUGAUAUAUCACAUAUUGUUAAUAUGUAUCAGUUACAACCCACAAGCAGGGUUACCCUUUCCUUUCUAAAAGAUAGAAUAACUCACUUCAAAAUAGGAAUAAUUGCUAACGAAGAAUGGGUGACCCGUUACAUUGAUCAAGAUUUUCAUAAACAGUUUAGGUAAGAAAGCACAAAUCAGCUUCGUUACUGCUACAUUUUUUACUUAUCAUGCAUCGAUGUUUUUUGGGGGAGGAGCAUUUAUUGACUCUUGUUAGGUUAAGUGGAUUCCCUAUUUUGGUUGUAUGUACAGGAUGAUGAAGAACACAUAUUGGGCCCUUGUCAACACGGUCCGACCUUAUUAUCCUGUCAAGUGCCAGAGAGGUGAUGCACCUUUGGUGACGGUUGAGAAAGCUGUCCUGAUGACAUUAUGUUAUCUGGGGAAGCAUGUGCCUUUGUCUGAUAUAGGUGACCGAUUUGCUGUGGCUCAAAGCACAGUUUUUAAGGAAGCCAGAACUAUCAUUCACAUACUGUGUGAUCUUAGAGAUACAUUUAUUGUUUGGCCCAAAGAGAGUGAGUGUGUGGUACUGAGCAGGCAAUUUAAAGCACGUGCAGGAUUUCCUGGUGUCAUUGGAGCCAUCGAUGGUUGCCACAUUCAAGUCAUACCUCCAGCAAACCAGCAUUCUAGCUACAUAGAUCGCACAUGCAACUACUCUAUUACACUUCAAGGUGAGAUUUUAUGCUCAAACAAGAUAGUACAUUUUUGCCAUUAAUAGCAUAACUUUCUCAUAA